AUGCCGGAAGAAAGAAUCUACUCAUCAGGGAGAGAGGCUUAUUUCAAUUUGAACUCUACUUGUAGAUGCGGUCCACCACUGAGAGAUCCUGGCUGGAUCUGCGCCCACAAACCAUUUACCACUAUUAACUCACAAUACCAGCCCAUCGGGUUGCAACCAUGAGACGACAUCCCAAGAAGGGGAGGCCAUGACUACCGAUGCUAUGGCUAUCGUCGAUCCACCUGUAGAUCAGGGGGUAACCCGAGAGUGAGAUGCUGUGUCCACAACCCCUCAGGAGGACCACUCUCCGAAGGAUUGUUUAGGAAAUGGCCAAUUGGUGAUGCAUGCAAUGGGUGUACGGGUGGACAUUAUUCUAAUGAAGAGUCGUUCUCUGGAGAAGCAUGUUGUGGAUCUUCAGGAGGAUGCACCACUGGAGGAAGUGGGGCAUGUUCAGCACCAGUAUGUUCUGAGCCAGGAGGAUGCGGCAGCGGAGGACGAGGAGUAUGUUCUGAGCCAGGAGGAUGCGGAAGUGGAGGACGAGGAGUGUGUUCUGAGCCAGGAGGAUGUGGCAGUGGAGGACCAGGGGUAUGUUCUGAGCCAGGAGGAUGUGGCAGUACAGGAAGAGGAGUAUGUUCUGAACCAUUCUGCAGACAUUGAGAAGGGUCCACAGAUCUGGGAGAUCACCCUGGGUUGACCAGUGGACCUCAUGUUCAGAAGGAUGCUAACUUUUUUUUUGUAUUGACCCAUGAACUUUGAUUGGUUGAUUCUCAAUCAUGUAGAAAACCCCUGUUGGUUCUAUUGCUACAAGUCAUGGUACUAAAAAAUAAGUGGUUAUUUUUUCCACUUUUUUUGUCCUCGCCAUUCUUUCCAAGCAUGAUCUUGGUCAAAAUUCAUCAAAAGAAAUGAGGCAAAAUUAAAACAAAACAAUAAAACAAUAAAAGAACUGAUGCUCACUAGAAAACAGAAAACUGUUGGAAGUCAGAGGGUUUUUAUUAUUAAAAAAAUAAUUAAGCAAGUUGCUACAUCCAUCACACAAACCUUAGCUAAAUAUGAUUGACUUCUUCUAGUGUCUAGUGGAUCCCCUCACCGCCCAGAGCUUUGAGCCCUCCGGGGGAGGGCGGUAUAUAAAUAUAACCAAUAAAUAAAUAAAUAAAUAAAAGAAGGACAUCUGAAAAUACCUUAGAAGCAGUUUCAUUACCCAUGGGGCAACCUCAGAAAAGUCCAUUCCCAGAUGACCACGCAUUUUAAAAUUGGAUUGAAGUUCUUGGCUGAAAAUGGAGAAGCUCCCUGCAAGAGGUAGGGAUGCUACCAAAAAUCACAACUCCCCCACAACUCCACCUGUUUCGACUCUGAAUCUCCAUUGUGUCGGCAGAAUACUCAUGUCUUUGUUUUCAAACCAUUUUUUUCUUUCAGGUGCUAAUUUUUUUCUUAUUAAAUUACACAACACUGAACAAUCUGUCCUCAUCGUUGGUCUAUAAAUGUUACACAAUGCAUCACUGACAUGUGAAAAAGGGGCAUCAAAUAAAUAAGACAGCUGGGAAUGAAAAUGGCUGAAAAUGAAAAGGCUCACAAGAAAAGCGAACAGUUAUAAAAGGUCAUGUUCAUCCCAAAGCCACAGAAGUCAGAAUUAGAAAGCACUAUUGAAAGCUAGGGUUGCCUGGCAACUGGUAGGAGUACUGUGGGAGGGGUUGUGAGGAACUGCUUAUGGCACCCCAUCACUUGUAGAAAAAAGCAGAAGAGACAUAGGUAG